AUGAUGUCAAUAAGGGUUAGCUUUGAGAAUGACAUUGUCAGGAUAGUUAAUUUUUCCCUCACGUUGUUGGGAUUUGGCCAUGAUGCUCUUUUAAGUCAAGCAAAGAAGACAAUUAGAGCUUAUUUGCCCUGAUCAUCAGAAGCACAGUGAUUGAUGAUUAAUUCCGGGGGGAACCUCUUGGCUCCCUUAAAGCUGCAAGUGUGUUUGCUGCUCAUGUUCCGCUUGAGUUAUGUUCAGAAUAUCAUUUAA